AUGGCAAACGCCCGUCUCUACGAAAGCCCGAGUCCUACGAAACGAAAGAGAAGUAGUAGUCCGAAUGUUCCGAUGCCAGUCUUGAAUACCUCAACAGUUCCAGAAGUGAAACGAAGGAAGCGCGAAAUGUCCGAGGAAGGUUGUCACUCACCUAAGACGAAGGAAAAUGUCGAAAUGACGGAUAGGAAAGAACAGAUCGUUGAUCUCACUUUAGUUCGAGAGACAAUCGACUCUGAGCUCAGCCUCGAGAUACUCAUGAAGCAUAACGAAUUGCGCCUAAUCGAGACCGAGUUGGCCAAAUGUCAGGUCUCUCUCGAACAGUUACGUCGCGUUCACUUAAUACCAUUUCCAGGCGUUCAAAGUACGGGAACCCAAGUUUCGCCCGAGUCGAUGGUCAAUGUUAGUGCUGGUACUGGUCCAGCAGUCUGGAGUGGCGACAAAGUUCCGAAAUGGGCUCCACCAUAUGGAAUUACGGAGGGGCCCUACACGAGACAUUGGGCAAAAUGGUUAAUUCCCGAUCCGGCUUUUGAUGGUUUAGAUGUUAUUGAUUCACGUGCAGGUCCAGGAAGGCCACGCGCUGCCAAGAUGGUACCGGAAGGGAGAGCUACUAGAAAUAGUAUAGCUGACGGAGGUAAUUUUUCAACUAAAUCAAGAUCACAUCGUGGAUCUGGUCAAAGUUUACAAUCUCUUCCCAGCGGUCACACUCAACAAAAGAAAGCUGGACCAUCCAUUCUCAAGCGUAGUGAUGGUAAAACCGUGAAGCUUGUUUGUUUGGAUUGUAAUCGCGAAGAUUUCUCCAGUACUCAAGGUUUUAUCAAUCAUUGUCGCAUUGCUCAUCAUCGUGAGUUUAAGAGUCAUGAAGAGGCUGCUCAGACUAGUGGACAGAUUAUCGAAGUCGAUGAGGUCGGCGCAACUCCUGUCCUAGAGAAGAGCCCAAGUGUAGCAACUGGUGAUCUCGUUCAUCCUCUGAUCAAAAGUGCGCCAGUCGAUCAAGAAGCUUAUACUGCUCUUCUUUCUCGUAUCGAUGAUUCUAUGAAUCUAUAUCUACAAGGCAGGCUUCCUGGUGUGACAUCGAUUCCUGGAAGUGCAAACUCGUCACCACAAAAGAAACUCGAUGUGAAGCCCAAAGUGCAACCUGCAAAUCAAAAAUUCGUACCAUCAACCGCUACACCUCAUCUUUCCGAGUUAUUGAAAAGCCGAGGUUUCGGUGGUGAUCUUGAUGAAAUAGUUGGUGAUGCGAUAACACGUGUUACCAUGGAUGAGCCUUCAUCGUCCGAUGAGGAAUCUUCUGAUGAUGAAGUAAUCGAAACACCAACUGUUGCUAUUCCUUCACGCCGUCCCGGUGGAUUUGAUGGUUCAGUAGAUACACCGAUGACUGGUAUGCGUCUACCAGCACGGGCUACAAUGUCACCCGCAAACUUUGGUAGACCAACAAGCAGCAAAGGUAUUGAUGCUUCGACGAGAUCAGGUCUCGCCCACAUCUCACCUCAUCCAUCUUAUGCUACCCUCAAUACGUCCAUGGCCGCACCGGAAAUCAGACAUAAUCGUCCACAGCCUAUCAAUACCCGAAAUCACGAUCACGAUGGAGAUAUUGAUAUGGGUAUGGUUAUUCCCGAUGCAUCCUCCAUUAUUGACCUGAGUCCCAACACGGUUGUUAGUAACAACGCUCCUAGUCUCGUCAGUGAUGAUGGAGAAUACGACGAAGGUGAUGAUGAUGCAGAUAGUGUAUCAUCAGAGGAUGCUGACGAGGGUAGUGAUGUAGCUGAAAUCGAUAUCGAGGAUGGCGAUGGGGAAAAGGUGGUCGGAAGCUCGGUGCUAGGGAGAUCGAGAUCGCAGGAUCGGUCGAAGAAAGAUGAAAAACAUGUUACGUUUGUGAGGGAGGUGCAGGAUACAAAUUCUAAUCAUGCUGCAAAUAAGAAAGCGAGGUCUUCGAGGUAG